AUGGACGGCCAGCCCCAGCCGCAGCCGAAGCCGGCGCCCUACACCCAUCUGUCUCAAUUGUCGUCGCUUCCCCUGCGGACCGCCAACAGCACGCCCACGACGUCUCCCGGCCUCUACAGUCCCGUUGCCAGGCACGGCCACAUGCCCAACUCGUCCGUCUCGGAGAACAACUCGCCCGCCCCUAUGUUUGAGAGCCCCUACCUGCACCCGCUGCAGACCCACCGAGUCCGAGAGACCCAUAAAGCUCUCAUCGACUCCGAUGCCAACACCGGCCGCAAAUCGAUCAAUCAGUAUGAAGUGAUCGAAGAAAUUGGCCGGGGCAUGCAUGGCAAGGUCAAGCUGGCCCGCAAUACCGAGACCGGCGAAAACGUCGCCAUCAAGAUCAUCCCGCGCUUCUCCAAGAAACGACGACUCGGCAAGGUGACGGCCAUGUCUCCCCAGGACAAGACCAAGAAGGAAAUUGCCAUUCUCAAAAAGAUCAGACACCCCAACGUCGUCGCCUUGCUCGAAGUCAUUGACGACCCCGAGCUGAAGAAGAUCUACAUGGUGCUGGAGCACGUCGAGCUGGGCGAGAUUGUGUGGCGCAAAAAGGGACUGCCCCAUGUCUGCCUGUAUGAGCGGAGGAGGGCCGAGCGCGAGAUGCGCGGGGAGGCGCCCACCCCCGAGGAGCAGAUGUACGACAAGAUCCUCGAGCGCCGACACGCCGUCAAGGAGCUCAAGCGGGCCAAGAUGGCUCGCAACAACAGCGGCCCCGGCGACUACUGGAGCGUCGAACACGGCGCCGCCGACGACGUGAGCACCGUCCCCUCGUGGUCCCGCAUCUCCUCCAGGGAAGACUUUGCGGCUGUCGACGGCACCGUGUCCCUCCCCAUCUCCCGCCGGUCCUCCAUGGCCCCUUCUCACUCUUACUCCAUGGCUUCGUCGCCCGGCGCAAUCGGAGAAGACGAUUGGCAUGACGACGACCUCGUCACCCCCGGCCCCUCCCAACCGCAGCCUCCCCCCCUCUCCACCAGCGCCUUGGAGCGUGCCAAUUUUGCGUCCUAUGCCAACAAUGACGAGACCAUGAGCUUCCGCGACCGCUCCCCCAGCAUGGCUGACUCCAUCAUCUCCCACAUGUCCUCCAUCGACUACAACCCCCGUGCCCACGACCCCUUUGCUGACGACUUCUCCUACGUCCCCUGCUUCACCUUUGACCAGGCGCGGUCCGCCUUUCGCGACACCGUCCUCGGUCUUGAAUACCUGCACUACCAGGGCGUCGUCCACCGUGAUAUCAAGCCUGCUAAUCUGCUCUGGAGCAAAGACCAUCGCGUCAAGAUCUCCGACUUUGGCGUGUCUUACUUUGGCCGUCCUAUUCGUGAUGGCGAGCCGGAUGAUCUGGUGUCCGAAUCCGAGGCAAAGGACUUUGACGAUGACUUGGAGCUCUCAAAGACCGUUGGCACCCCCGCCUUCUUCGCCCCGGAGCUCUGCUACACCGACCCUGAUCAGGCCCAGCCCAAAGUGUCCGAGCAGAUUGAUGUGUGGUCCCUCGGUGUGACUCUUUACUGCCUCAUCUUUGCCCGUAUUCCCUUCCUCGCAGAGGACGAGUUCCAGAUGUUCAGGAAGAUUGCCACCGAGGAGGUGUACAUUCCACGCAGGAGGCUGAUGCCCGUGGACCCCUCAACCUCGCCGGCCGUGACGUCCCUCUACAAGCGCCAGAACACGCGCCCCUACCGUGACGACAAUGACGUCGAAUACGAAGACGUGGAUAAUCUCUUGUACGACCUGCUGCGCCAGAUGCUCACCAAGAACCCGGAAAAGCGAAUCCGCCUCAAGGAUAUCAAGAAGCACCCCUGGGUCCUCCAGGGACUGCCGAAUCCGCGAGCAUGGCUGGAGGAAACCGACCCGGCUAGGCCAUCCAGUGGCCGCAAGAUCCAGGUUGACGAAAGAGACCUGUCUUCUGCCGUCGUGCCUCUGACUUUUCUCGAGCGGGCCCGAUCUGUUGUCAGAAAGGCCGUCGGGAGAGUCAUGCACCCGUUGGUUGACCGCAGCGAGAGCCGAUCACGUCGACGGGCUGCCAGCAGUGUCGCUAGCUCCGGAGGCGACAGCAUGCCGAAGCCCGUCCUCCCCGCGGCCCCGGCUACGAAUCCUCCUACCCCUUACAUGGACAGGCGUCGCAGCAUUCGCCCGGAUGAGUAUUUUCCUCCCGUGCCUGAGAGAAGCUCCCCUCCCAAGAUGGAGCGGCACUCCUCCGACUUUGUGAGCACCCACAGCGGCGUGGAAGCUGUUGCCUACGACCCCAUGGCUACCGUACUGCCGCCCCUGACCACGCCGUCGGGCGUGACUCGGGGCCGCUCUCACAGCGAGCUGGACGAGGCGGCCACGUCCAACUUUCGGGGCGAUCCCAACCUCGGCUCUGGCCGCAAUGGCGGAACCCUGCGGGCGAGGAACUUUGGGCAGUUUUUGCCCUUGACGCCUCACACCGUCCCGCCUACGCCUUCUUAUGACAGGAACCCUCCCUACCGCCCGGAGCUACCGAGCGCCAGGUCAGAGCUCAGCUCUCUGAGAGUCGACUCUGUCCGCUCGCCCUCAAAGGACCGCGGCCUCUUUGCGAGCCCCGAUAAGCGCGCCACUCCGCAAGUCGCCCUCAACACUGCCGUGGCUCCCGGCAACAUUCCUGGCCUGCGAAGCACGCGCUCCAUGCGCUCUGUCGACCUGGGCAGGAACAGAUAUAGCCACGCUCUGUCGUCGUCUCCCUUGUCAUCGUCGCCGCAGUCCAUCCCCACCCACUCAUAUCAUCAGCACAGACACCUCCAGUCUGAUCCCAACUUUCAUCACCGGUACCAGGAUCGCCCGAUCACCGCCCACCGUAUAGACAACGGAGGCGAUAGCAAGUCUCCUCUUACUCGCACGCCUUCCACGAUGAGCCCCGAGCCCACUUACCAUGGGUCGUAUGUCAGCGAGGAUGGCUCAGCCGACAUGGGGAGCCAAUGGUCGCGUCUUGCCAACCAGGACUGGCAGUCCGAUGCCCCGUCGCGAAGGGGCACCAUGGAGAUUGCCAAAACCGCGAGCACCGACUCCAUGGAUCAUCUGGGCACGCCCCUGACAAGCCCCAGCGAGACAGCCAGCCCCGUGGCCGCCUGCCCACCAGCUAACGGCUCGUCUCAGCGGAUGUUGGUUUUCCAGUCCGACCCGUCGCUGCCGGCUCUCCUCAGCGGCGCCAGCUCUGUCUCGGCGGACUUGGAGGGCGAGCUGCUGCAGAGGCCGGGGACGGUGGAUCCGCAGGCCCUUUUGCAGACCAAAGACUCGCUGACGCCUCCAGCGCUCGGAAAGGAGCCCACUGGCGGCUUUCCCAUUGACCAAGUCUUUGAGAACUCAUCAUCCAUGGAAGGCGUCCCCAUGCGAGUCAAGAUUGACAAUAGCGGCCCGACCUCGGACCCGCGUGGCGCCAGCCAGCAGCAUCACAAGCAGGACGAGGACGACAACGAUGAUGACAGUGACGAGGGGCUUCUACUCAUGGCCAAGCCUAAGAAGCGACCGCCAGUGACUACGAGACACAGGCCCUUUGAGGCUAGACGGCGGGACACCAACAUUAGCAACAUUAGCACGGCGAGCGAUGAAACGGCUAGGAGAGUGAAUAUCUCUUGA